AUGUCCUUUCUCAUCGUUGGCCUCCGGACCUAUGUUCGCUCACGGACAAUACGGAACUUCGGCAAAGACGAUGCCUUGAUGAUCGUGGCGUUUGUUUUUACACUCGGAUACCUGAUAUGCAUCUGGGUUCUGCGCGACAAUGGCAUGGGCUACAGCGGCAAAGUCUUGGAUUUAGACCAGAUGCGGACACUGAUUCAGACGACGCUGGCGAUUCAAAUUCUCUACUACCUCUUGGUGGCUUGUGUCAAGAUCUCUAUCUGCUUCUGCUACCUGCGCAUAGCCACGAGCUCGAUCAAUAUUGUCACAGACAUAUGGAUCAUUGUCCUACCUAUAAGAACAUUACUCAAGAUCCAGCGCCCAAACCGCGAAAAGCUCGGUCUAAUAUUCGUGUUCGGCCUCGGCAUAUUCUCUACGAUUUCCUCCAUCGUACGACUCCACGCAAUCCGCAUUUACACCGAAUCCGCCGACCCCUUCUACGACUCUGUACCCAUUAACGUCUGGUCGAUGGUUGAAGUUAACAUCGGCAUCUGGUGCGCUUCCAUCCCCUCACUCAGGAUCCUCAUUAUCCGACGCCGGGCCGCCAGCCAGGCUUCGCGCUCAGCUGGCACGUACAAGUACCACAGCAGCGGGCGAAGCGGGGUCAAGAGCAACGGCAAUAGUAACAGUGAGGGGUCGCAAAACAUCGAGAGUUUCGACAUGGGAACCGUAGACUUGACGAAUCCUGAGGCCGCCAGGAAAGCCAGCAAAGGAGAGAGUGAGUGGAGCAGGCAGGGAAGCGACGACCAGAUCUAUUUUCCCGGCGCGUAUAACCCAACACCAAAGCUUCCUGUUUGA